ACUUUGAGGUAGAUCCUUUAUAUAAAUAUGAAAUAAUAAUAUAAGAAAACUUAUAAGAUUAGAUAUAUAUACAUACAUAAUGCCUAUUAAUACCGAGAAUGAACUCGCUCGUCUGGAUACAUUUGUAAAUGCUGCACCAGGUAAUGAAUAUACAAUUGAUCAAAAAGAGCAAACACUUUGCCGUCAAUCUUUAACUGGUGAAAAGGAGUGUGUAAAGCUCAAGUUGGAUUAUACCCAAAUGUUUUCACAAAUGCAAAAACUAGGAUUUUAUUGUGCAUUACCUAUGGACCCCACAGAAACAUAUAUGGAGUGUCGAAGGGUUUAAAAAGAAAUCGAAAGGAAAAAACAAAAAAAAAAGGCUGUUAUUAUUAUUAUUGUUGUUAUUUAUAGAAGUAAAAAAAAAAAAAAAAAAAAAAAAAAAAAAAAAAAAAAAGACAAA